AUGCAAGGAAAAACAGGGAAGUUCCUGCUGCUCAUCUGUUCUACCAGCGUGACGUUUCUGGCUCUCCAGUGUUUCAUGCAGAUCACUUUUGCCUACGUACCUCAGAAUGAGAACGAAUAUUGGGAGAAUGUUCUCUACCAUUUGGGCAUUGUACGGUUCAGUUUGGUGGAUGCAGGGAACACUUUGCGUCUCUUAGCCCCUGAUCUGGGGCUCUUCCUGUCUGGGCUCUUCAUACUCUGCCUGGUCAGGAAGCUGCUGUGCCCCGCGCCACAACUUAAUGUCCACGAGAACUGCAUCAAACCUUCUGACCCUGAGGAUGUGGAGAUGUCCGACUCAGAGUCUGAAGUCGAAAGUGAUGUCACAGAUGGCUCGUCCUGUGACAGCUCAGACGAAAUCACAGCGGCGCCGGUAACCCCUCCUCAGUUUGUCCAGAAGUUCAUUGCAUUUGCCCUUGGACUGCGCCUCUUGCUGUCCGCCAUCAUGAACACAGCAGGGAAAGUAGUGGUCACCAUACUACUGGGGCUGGCAGGCAUCGCCCUGCCCUCCCUAACUUCGGCAGUGUAUUUCGGGACGUUCCUGGGCCUGGUGUGGUGGUGGGUGUUUCUCCGCUCGCUCAGCCUGCUGUUUUUCAGUACCCUCUGCGUGAUGAUGGCUAUAUUCAGCGCUGGUCACCUGCUGUGCCUCUACCUGUACCAGCUUCCCCUGGCCCAACAGAUCAUACCCCCACAGGACAUCUACGCCAGGCUGUUUGGUAUGACAGCGUUCAUCCGGACCAAUGAGACUGAGCCAUACAGUCUGGGUCUGCAGGCAGAUGUCAGCUGGCCUGUCUUCAUCAACCCCAUGGUGCUGCUCCUCCUCUAUUACACAAUGGUGGCUUUGCUGCACAAGUGUGUCUACAUCCCUGGAGAAGAGGAUACUCUGGUGAAGUCUGAGAGUCCAGUAGAAAUCCCAGAGGAUCCCCCCAGCUUCUCCAAGAUCUUAUUCAUCUCAGGAGACAGAUUGGAGCUACUGACCAGUACGGAUGAGGAAACUUACAUGCCAGAUGAGGAGGUGCAGGAGCCAAUGGUCUUACUGAUGAGCAGCUCAUGGCAUGAUCUGAGAGGUCAGGAGAUGGGGUUACUGCUGAGAGGGCCAGGGGCAGGGUAUGCAAACUGCCACCCUCCACCACAAUAUGAAGGAAUAGACUUGUCACCCUCACAAGAGUCGGAGGAGGUUGAAGAGAAGGAGAGGAGGAGGAGGAGUGAGGUGUCUAUGAGGGAGGGGAGGAGUGAGGUGUCUGUGAGGGAGGGGAGGAAUGAGGUGUCUAUGAGGGAGGGGAUGAGUGAGGUAUCUAUGAGGGAGGGGAUGAGUGAGGUGUCUAUGAGCGAGGAGGAGAAUGGCCCCAGUGGACUGGCUGUGUUUGGCCUGUUCAUCAUGAAGCACAGCUACAUCAGCGCACUCAUCAUCAUGAUGGUGUGGAGCAUCACCUAUAACAGCUGGCUGACGUUCGUCCUGCUGGUGUGGUCGUGUGUGAUCUGGAUGAUGCGUGACCGUCGGCGCUACGCCAUGAUGAGCGCUCCCUUCCUGGCGGUGUACGGCACCUUGCUGUUGCUGCUCGCCUUCCUGAGCGGCCUGAGGCUGCGGCGGGAUGAGCUGUACCCUGGCCUGCCACAUGCCAUGCUGGUGGACUUUGACAUGGCCAUCUACCCAGCACCCUGCAUCCACCUGGGAGGCAAGGCGUUGUACACCUUCAGCUUUUGGCUGCUGUUCCGGCAACAACAGAAGGAGAAACAGGAAGAGCAGGAUCUCAAGGAGUCUGACGAGUCUCUGGAAGAAGUGAAAGUACUCCCACCGGAUGAAGGUGAAACCUCUCCCAUAAUGGAGAUGCUGGGUUCGGCGGUCAAAGGAAACCUGGUGAAGUACUGGAUCCUGUUCUGCUGCUCCAUGUUCUUUGUGGUCAGCUUCUCCGGGAAGGUGAUGGUCUACAAGAUCCUCUACAUCGUGCUGUUCCUCUUCUGUGUCGUCCUCUACCAGAUCCGUUGUGACGUGUGGAGGCGAGUGCUGAAAUACUUCUGGGCGGUGGUGGUGGGCUACUCUAUGGUGGUCCUGAUUGCCAUCUACAUGUACCAGUUCAAGACUGUCUCUGGCCUGUUCAGACAGAUCAUGGGCAUGUCUGAGGAAGGUCUGCGUGAUCUCGGGUUGGAGCAAUAUGAUACUGUGGAGCUGUUUGCUCGGAUCCUCCUCCCUGCAGCCUUCCUAUUGGCCUGCAUCCUGCAGCUACACUACUUCAACCAGGACUUCCUGGAUCUCACCAACCUGGACAACGUACCUGUCCACCACGGACCAACCAGAGAGGAGGAGCUGAGGAACUCCGUCAAUGUGAUAGCUGACAUAAUGAAAGAAAACGUUGAAAAGUUACAGAAACGGAUGGCGAAGGAGCAGAGCGAGCAGACUAGUGGGGAGUCAGAACGUGUGGGGAGUCAGGACACGUUGGAGAAUGAUGGACUGUCUGCCUCAUCAGAGAAACCCGAGGAGGAGCACGGGGGAACAGUUCCCCCAGAGGAGCGUCUGACCCAGUGGGGGUUGAUCGUGGACCGGGCCAGCCUACUGCUGUUCCAGGCUCUGGCUCUCUUCCAGCGGGCUCAGGAGAUGGGCUGGAGGCUGCUGGAGGUUCACAGCCUCAAGAUUGUUUCCACUGGCAUCAUCUGGGUUUCCCUACAAGAGGUGUCUCUGAUGAACUUCAUGUUCCUGGUUCUGUGGACCUUCGCCCUGCCCUUCCCCCGGCUCCGCCCCAUCGCCUCCAGUGUGUCCUCGGUCUGGGCCUGUGUCAUGGUGGUGUGUAAGAUGCUGUACCAGCUCAAGGUCAUCAAACCUCUGGAGUACUCCUCCAACUGCACCGCUAGCCUGGUGUCAGCUAACGGGACAGGGCUGGAGGGGAACAUGGCAGAGCUGCUGAGGAGGUCUGUGCUGUAUGUGAAGCCUGUUGACCCAGCCAUAUGGUGUGGAGCCCUGCGCAAGUGUGAAGACAGGAUCCUGCCCUGUCUCAGCAACCACCUGACGGUGCUGGGGCUGCUGGUGUUUGAGGUGACGGUCUCUCGACACCAGCUCUACUACCGCCUUCACAACAACCUCAAGGUCCCCACCUUCAGCAUUAUCUUCCAGGGCAUCACACGCCAGCACCUGGACCAUGGCAUCCUGCCCUGCAUCAAGUACUUUGUCAACUACUUCUUCUACAAGUUUGGCCUGGAGGUGUGCUUUGUGGUGGCGGUGAAUGUGAUUGGCCAGCGGAUGGAUUUCUACUCGCUGCUGCACGCCUGUGCCCUGAUGGCCGUUCUGUCCCGACGACGCAGGAAGGCCAUGGGGGAGGUGUGGCCUAAGUACUGCUGCUUCACUGCAGGACUCAUGGUGCUGCAGUACCUGCUCUGUAUCGGCAUCCCUCCCGCUCUCUGUGUCGAUUAUCCAUGGAGGACCUCCAGUCAGGCUUUGACCUCCAACCUCAUCAAGUGGCUUUACCUGCCUGACUUUGCCAUGCGUCCCUCCCCUUCCUUCAUCCUCUACGACCACCUCCUGCUGCUGUGCUCCACGCUGCAGUGGCAGGUGUUUGAGGAGGAGAACCGGGCUGCUGUGCGCCUCAUGGCAGGGGAGAACGUGGAGAUCAGCCGCAGCCUGGACCCGCGUUCCUUCAACCAGUACAUUCCCGUCAACAACUUCCUCCAAUGCAGGUCCUACCUGGACAUCGCCAAAGUGUUUGUGUUCAGCUACUUCUUCUGGCUAGUGCUGUGCCUCAUCUUCAUCACGGGCACCACCCGCAUCAACAUCUUCUGCCUAGGCUACCUGGUAGCCUGCUUCUACUUCAUGCUGUUUGGAGGAAGCCUGCUAAUGAAGCCCGUACGAUACAUCCUCAGGCUCUGGGACUGCCUCAUCGGAUACACUUGCUUCGUCAUUGGCAUGAAGAACCUGCUAUCGCUUGGCUCGUGUGCUUAUCUGGACAGCCUGUUGAAGAAUGGCUGCUGGCUCAUUCAGGCCUUCAGCAUGGUCUGUACAGUCAAAGGCUAUGAUAUCUCUGCUCCUGAUGAUGAGUGUGAGCUGCCGGAGGGGGAGGCGGGCAUUGUGUGGGAUGCGAUCUGCUUCACCGUGCUCUUGGCUCAGAGAAGGGUUUUCCUCAGCUACUACUUCCUGUAUGUGGUGUCUGACCUCAGGGCAUCCAAGAUCCUGGCCUCCAGGGGUGCUGAGCUCUUUGAAGCCAAGGUGAAGAAACUGGUUGCUGCCAGACUGGAGAUGGAGAGGAAGUCUGUGGCGACGCUGAAGAAGCAGAUGGAGAAGAUCAAAUCCAAACAUAAGAGUAAGCCUGGCCAGGGAGACGCAGCAACGCCCCCUGCUGAUAUAGUGCCAAAGGGUGAGAGUGAGAAGGCUGGGAACGAUCAGGGGAAAUGGUGGAAACCAUGGGUCUCUCGGCCUGGCGUUGAGAACAACUGUGGCUACCAUCUUUUUGAGAGUGACAGUGAAGAGGAAGAGGAGGAAGUCCAGGAAAAGAAAGAGGAAGAGGCUCCACUAAAGAAGAAAUCUUCUUUUCAGAUAGCCUAUGAGGCAUGGGCCACAAGCUCCAAAGCAGCGCUGGAUUUGCACAAAAAAGAAGAAAACAAUAUGAAAAAUGAGGAGAAGAGGAGGGCAAAGAGAGAGCUGCAAAGACAGCAAGGCAUUGAGAGAGCCGAGUCUCACGAGUUGGAGGUGGAAGAGAGUGAUGAAGAGGAGGAGAAAGAUAACCUAUUUCAGAGGAUCAUCUACUCACUCAAGUUUCUAUGGGUAUUUAUCCUGUCCCUUUUGGAUGACGUCACUGAGGGCCUUAACUCUUUCUGCAAAGAUAACCAGGACAUCACCAAAGUGCUGCGCUUUGAGAGGGCUCUUCUCGGCCAGCAACAGAAAAAGGGGAAAGAAGUGUCACAGGAGAGCGUGACGCGCUUCUAUGAGAACUGGAUGUCUAGGCAGAGCACUCUGGCCUCGCUGGAAGACCAAGAUGACAUAGUUCUCCCCAUCUCCUCCCCACCACCUGUACCCUCAUCACCACGAGGUUACUCAAAGCUGAAACACACCCAUUCCAAAAUCUCCUGGGGUAGCAGCUUGUCCAGCUGCGUGACGGACGAGACCCUGCUGGGGUCUCGACAGCCCACUCUGGAUGAGCUGGAUGACCCUCCUCUACUCCAGCCAACCGCCGAGCAACUCAGACGGAAACUACUGAAAACUGCCAACCUGGACCUUGGCUCAUUUGACAGCGAAGUCCCUCCACCAAGCAGCCAUGAUGAUACUGUUCCUGAUAAGGAGGGCCGUGAAGGAGAGGAUGCAUGUAAAAAGGAGGGGGAGUCUACAGCGGAGGAGGAGUUUCGAAUGGAGAAGGAGGAAUGGAGGGAGGAAGAAGAGGAAGAGAGGGAAAAGGCUGUGAUGUUUUCGGGAUUUAUCUCCCUGGACUAUCUGGAGUGUGAUGAGAAGUGCGACGAUUUCCCAGACUCCCCCCGGCCUCUGAGUGAGACCAGGAACCUCACGGCUAGUGAGCUGCUGCUCAAUAACAUGUUUGAUGACGAUGAAAUUGAAGAGUCUGAUAAGUUUUUCCAGUCUCUCCCGAGGCACCUGAGACUGGUGUUUGCCCUGUACAACACCAUGGUGUCGAAGUCAGAGAUGCUGUGCUACUUUGUGAUCAUCCUGAACCACAUGGUGUCUGCCUCCCUGCUCAGCCUGAUCCUGCCUAUCCUCAUCUUCCUCUGGGCCAUGCUGUCUGUGCCUCGCCCAACCAAGCGCUUCUGGAUGACCGCCAUCAUCUACACAGAGCUGAUUGUGGUGGUCAAGUAUUUUUUCCAGUUUGGCUUUUUCCCCUGGACCACCUCGGUCUACCGAGGCAUCAAUGCAGACCGGCCCUUUGCUCUGCCCAACAUCAUUGGGGUAGAGAAGAAAUAUGGCUAUGUUCUCUUUGACUUGAUACAAAUGCUGGCUCUGUUCUUCCAUCGCUCCAUUCUGAAGUGCCACGGUCUUUGGGAUAACAAAGAGGUGGAGAUGCCGGACUUCUUCAAGAAGUUAAAGAAGAAGACGGAGAAGAUUAAGAUGAGUGGAGGAGAGAAAAAAGGGGACGAGCCGAAGCGAAGACUGCCCUGCCUCCCUCUCCAGGCCUCGACUGCGUCCUUGUUUUGCAGAUGUGGAAAAGCCAACUCCACUGAGACAAACGGUGAUAUGCGGCUCACAAAGCGCCACUCCAAGAAGAAGAGGCACCACAAUAAAGUUCCCCUGACCAGGAAGGAGAGCAUCAAAAAGCUGAUUAGAGAAAGGAUGCUGGAGGCUAAAGCUGCUAUCAUUGAAGUUGCCCUGCAUAUAUACCUACCCAUCAGGCAGUUCUUCUAUGACAUAAUUCACCCAGAGUGCAGCCCAGUGUGUGACGUCUACGCUCUCAUGUUUCUGAUUGACGUGGUCAACUUCAUUGUCAUCAUAUUUGGAUACUGGGCGUUUGGGAAACACAGUGCUGGUGCUGACAUCACAGAUGCUCUUGGGGAGGACCAGGUCCCAUCGGCCUUCCUGGUCAUGCUGCUCAUCCAGUUUGGCACCAUGAUAGUGGACCGCGCUCUGUACCUCCGCAAAACCCUAAUGGGAAAAUGUGUCUUCCAAGUGGUGCUGGUGUUUGGUAUCCACUUUUGGAUGUUUUUCAUACUCCCUGGGGUGACUGAGAGGAGGUUCAACAUGAACCAGGUGGCACAGUUGUGGUACUUUGUGAAGUGCAUCUACUUUGGCCUCUCCGCCUACCAGAUCAAGUGUGGCUACCCAAAUUGUGUGCUGGGAAACUUCCUGACCAAGAACUACAACUACCUCAACCUAUUCCUUUUUCAAGGGUUUCGCUUGGUUCCGUUCCUCAUAGAGCUGCGUGCCGUGAUGGACUGGGUCUGGACCGACACCACCCUCAGCCUGGGCAGCUGGAUCUGUGUCGAGGACAUUUAUGCCAACAUCUUCAUACUCAAGUGCUGGAGGGAGUCGGAGAAGAAAUACCCACACAUCCCAGGGCAGAAGAAGAAAAUGGUGGUGAAGUAUGGAAUGGGUGGCUUCAUCAUAUUCUUCCUCAUCGGUGUUAUCUGGUUCCCCCUCCUCUUCAUGUCAUUGGUCAAGUCAGUGGCUGGAGUGACCAAUCAGCCUCUAGAUCUCUCUAUUCAGCUCAGCAUCGCAGGAUAUGAGCCAAUGUUCACAAUGAGCGCCCAGGAGCAGAACCUGGUGCCAUACUCAGUUGCAGGCCUCAACCGGCUCAACAACCUCUAUGCCGCUCACCCAUCAGCUAUGCAGUUCCUUGGGAACUACAUGGCCGAGGACAUUGUCAUUGCAAAGAUCAAGAGUGAUGCCAGUCUGCUGUGGAGCAUCAGCCCUGCCAGCCGUGACGCUAUGAUCCAUGAACUCAGCAACUCCACCCAUAUCUACAUCACCCUGCGAUGGGUACUACUCAGGAAUGCGUCUCUGUCGAUGAACGUGGAGACCAUGGGGGAACACACUGUGAAGUAUGAGGACCGGACCCUGAGGGACCAGAUAGUUCAGAUGCUCAAAGGGACACGCAGUGACUCUGUGAUAAUUGAGUCUCUCCUGCCCAAGUUCCUCAGAGGUUCCGGAGGACCUGUGUCCAAUAUGGCCACCCGUCUGAAAGUAGAACACUCAGAUCGGCCUGAGGACCUGCAGACUUUUGCCUUCUUCUUGCCCCUGUCCAUCAAACUACAGCGCGCAGAAGCCAACGGAAGUGCAGAGGGGGGUCAGUGGUGGAUAGUGCAGGAAUGCACUCCUGGACAGGGGCACGUCCAGAGCAGCUGCCACAAGAUUGAGAUAGUGGUGUUCAACGACAAAGUCAGUCCCCCCAGCCUGGAUGCUCUUGCAGGACAGGGAAUUGUGGGCCUGUACAUGUCUGUGGUGCUGGUCGUCGGGAAGUUUGUCAGGGAAUUCUUCAAUGGGAUAUCCCGCUCAAUUAUGUUUGAGGAGCUGCCGUGUGUGGAUCGGGUGUUGAAGCUCUGCACGGACAUCUUUGUUGUGCGAGAGACUGGCGAGAUGGAGCUGGAGGAAACACUGUUUGAGAAGCUCAUCUUCCUGUAUCGCUCACCGGAGACCAUGAUCAAGAUUACCAGAGAGAAGAGCGACUAGAGAGCAUGAUGACAUUUGUUAUGAAGAGGACGAUUUGGCUUUUGGUUCUUAUCUGGGGUGUAUUCAUCAUGCCGAUUUUGCAACAGAAACCGUUCAGUCAAAAGUUUUGUAACAAACUAGUUUCUAUUGGACAAAUUCAGGUAGGUCCUUCCCUGUUUCAUUUAAUAACCAAACAGCUUCCAUUGCAAGAUGUAAUGAAUACACCCCUGGAGUUGCACUUUUAUUGUACUCCUGCACAAUGCAUGCAUUUUUCAGUGACUUAUGAUUUUACAACAGAAGACCAUAGGCCAAUCAGAAGUGUUCCAAAUG